UACUCAGAGCACGCUUGAAAUAUCUCUGGCAGUUUGAAGGUUAAGUCGUUCCACUGAAGUGACUUUCAGCGUUGUAGUGUUUGUGACAACAAAAUGGCUCAUCAUUAUUCAAAUCUUCAACUGGAGGACAAUCUAAAGAAAAUUAAACAAACCAUAAACGCCGAAGUACCCACUUACCUGAAGACCACUGCUGGAUAUUCCACAAAGAAUUGUUACAGACGCCGUAAACCUGCAUAUAAGGUGUUAAACUGUUCUGUAAAAUUACUAGACCAAUUUAAAUUAGGAUUCCAUGCCGCAUCGGUUAUGUAUGAAGCAGAAAUAAAUUUAGAGGACAAUGAAAAUCAAAAUGUGCAUUUUGUUCUAGUGAAAACAAUGCCAGCUAAUGCAAUGAUUAGAUCAAUUAUGAAUUCUGCAGAUCAGUUCUUUAACGAAAGCAAGAUAUAUUCUGAAAUGGUUCCAUUGUUACUUCAAACAUGUGCUGCGCCAUCUUAUGAAGACAUGAAAGCUGAAAGGUCUUCGAGUAAUUUAACCGCGGCCUAUGACUUGUUCCCGAAAUGUUACUAUGUUUCAUCUGAUCCUGAAAAAGGAAUGAUCAUGUUACAAGACUUAAGAAAACUUGGAUACAAGAUUGGAGGGGACGAGAUGAUGUUAAUGGAUUAUGAACAUAUUGUAGUGGCUUUAGAAGGACUGGCAAGAUUUCAUGCUAUGUCUUACGCUAUGAAGAAGAAAGAUCUUCGGAAAUAUGAAGAGUAUAUUGUAACGCAAAUACGAGAUGCAAGACGGUUCAUGAAGAAACAGGCUACAUUGGAGUCGAUGGAUGAAGGUUAUUCCAGGUUCUUACGUUACAGUACUAUGUUAUUGUUGGAUAAGUUUGAAGAGAUGCAACUCAACGAAGGUGGGCUGUAUACGGAGAAGAUUAAUCGAUUGAUGGAGAGAAUUGACAAUAUCUCUGAACUGAUGAGUGAACUUCUGUCUCCUGACGAGCCGCUUGCAGUUCUCUGUCACGGGGAUUUCAACAGGAACAAUAUGCUUUUCCGGUAUGAUUCAAACAACAGACCUUCGGGAGUGAAAUUUUUUGAUUUCCAAAAUCCGUAUUACGCAUCUCCUACUAUAGAUUUAUCAUUCUUCAUGUUUGUGAAUGCCAGCCCAGAACUCUGGGCCACUUGUUGGGAUGACAUCUUCUCCACAUAUCAUCGCAAUCUUUUGGACGCGAUCUCAGAGUUCCUGAACUGUCCGCAAGAGGCGCUUCAUCCUGAGUUCAGUCUGGAAGCUUUCAAGCAUCAGUUUUCUAAAUAUUGCCUUUAUGGUUUUAUGUUAGCAACUUCUUUUAUAAUAGGACAAGCGGCUCACCCAGAUCGUGUGAAAGCCUUUGAUAUGUUCAGUGAUGGUGUGCCAUCUAUGGAAGAAAUGGACAGUCUCACGAAAGAAAACGUGGAAUUGGCAAGAGAUGAAGUUAUUGACAGAGUGUUAUCGCUAACUCAGGAGCUGUUGAAUAAAAUAAGCCUAUGAAGAAAACAAUGUCAAGUAACGUGUGAUUACGUUUUAAGUCAGGUGAAUGAGGUGUAUAAUGUUAUCAUUCAUAUUCAUGUACAGAGGCGUGUUGCAACCACAUUUCUGAACAAAUGUUUGCUGAGGCCGC